CAAAAUUCACUGCCAGUAUAGAAAAUAUUCAAUUCACGUAUAUUAUAUAUUUCUAGUACUGGUGAUGAAUUUUGGAACACGGCCCGUGAUCAUGUGAAAUGUGAACUCUCAUCGUUCGACACAAAAUGCCACUACUACUGGUAGUUCAUAAAAUUCUAAUCUAACCUAAUUAUAAUUGACGUGUCAAAGUCAAAACCAAAACAUUUGUAUGCUCUGAGCAAGAGAGAUCGGCGAGAUAUUUCUCUCGCCAGAUUUAUUUUCAUUUUUAUUACGAUGAGAUAAUCAACUGUGAGAAUGAAUAGCCUAGGUUUAAAUCUAAUUUUAAGAAUGGGUUGUAUAUGUGCCAAAGAGACCAUUACGGUAAAUUCGAGGAAGUACAGGGUCCGCGAACAUCUUGGCGAAGGUGGAUUCAGCACAGUACUCUUAGUCGAAGAUAUUGUUACGCACAAAAAGUAUGCUAUUAAGAAAAUUGUUUGCUAUGGACCAGAGGACCAACAAUUGGCAACGAAAGAAAUUGAAUACUAUAAGUUGAUAAAGCAUCCAAACAUUAUAGAAUGUAUAGAUUCGGCAUGUAUAGGUACAGCAGACCCAAUUCUUAAUAUGACGAGUGAGGUGUUGAUUGUUUUACCAUAUUAUCAUAAAGGAACCUUAGCAGACGAAUUGGAACAGCGAGCAAGAAAUUAUGAUUACAUGAGUCCUAUAGAUAUUCUCAGCAUUUUUUUACAGAUUUGUGAGGGUGUGAAAGCAUUUCAUGAGGCUAAACCAGAACCUCUUGCUCAUAGAGAUUUGAAAACUGCAAAUAUAGUACUUAGCGACGACAGAACCCCUGUAAUUAUGGAUUUAGGUUCUAUGACAUCUGCCAGAGUUCAAGUAUGCGGUACUCAAGCUGCACGAGUUUUACAAGAUUUAGCAGCUGAAAGAUGUUCUAUGCCAUAUAGAGCACCAGAGUUAUUCAAUGUCGAGAGCUAUUCUAUGGUUGAUGAACGAACAGACAUUUGGUCAUUGGGGUGUAUAUUAUAUGCAUUGUGUUACUUUAAAUCUCCUUUUGAUACCGUUUACGAACGUGGUGAUAGCAUAGCUCUCGCCGUGAUGAGCGCACAUGUAACAUUUCCAGAAAAUACCCCGUAUAACGAGGACAUGCGGGUCUUAAUCUUAUCAAUGUUGAAAGUCAAUCCAAUGGAACGUCCAUAUAUAUAUAGUGUAAUAGAAAGUGUACACGAUACCAUUGCCAAAUUGGAAGGUAGAGUGUAAUUGAUGACAUAGAAUAUGCUAUAACUUAGGAUAUGAAAUAUCCUGCAAUAUUGACCUUUAAGAAAUAUCAUGCAAUAUUGAGCAAUGCAUGAUAAAAAAAAAGAAAGAGAUAGAUGUAUUAUUAAUUUAUACAGGCCUAUAAGUAAUAUGAAAAAAUAUCGUGAAUUAUAAUACAUUGACAGAUUAUAUUUGUAAAAAAGAGUUUCUCAGGUGAAAUGGUCAGGAGGAGAUUACAUCAAUAAUAAUAAAAAGAACAAAAUGGUA